AUGUCGCGGGCGCGCGGCCGCCUGCGCGCGGCGCUCUUCCUGGCCGCGUUUUCUCCGCGUGGUGUUAAGAGCAGGGUCCCGGGAAGGCGAGGAUUGAGCGCGAGGCCCGCGCCGCAGGAGCCCGGCAUGGAGUAUCAGGAAGCUGUGCGCACACUAAACACCCUGCAGACCAACGCCAGCUACCUGGAGCAGGCGAAGCGCCAGCGGGGCGACCUUCAGACACAGCUGGAAGUCAUGAAGCUGUUCUUGGCACGGAGUGGGCUGCAGGUGGAGGACUUGGACCAGCUGAACGUCAUCCACAUCACUGGAACGAAGGGGAAGGGCUCCACCUGUGCCUUCACUGAACGCAUUCUCCGAGGCUAUGGUCUGAAGACGGGAUUCUUUAGCUCUCCCCACCUGGUGCAGGUGCGCGAGCGGAUCCGCAUCAAUGGGCAGCCCAUUAGCCCCCAGCUCUUCACCAAGCACUUCUGGCGCCUCUAUCAUCGGCUGGAGGAGACCAAGGCUCUGACGUGUUCCGCUCCACAGGACAGCAGCAGCUGUGGCUCCAUGCCCGGAUACUUCCGCUUCCUCACGCUCAUGGCUUUCCAUGUCUUCCUCCAAGAGAAGGUGGACCUGGCAGUGAUGGAAGUGGGUAUCGGUGGGGCUUACGACUGCACCAACAUCAUCAGAAAGCCUGUGGUAUGUGGGGUCUCCUCUCUUGGCAUCGACCACACCAGCCUUCUGGGGGACACGAUGGAGAAGAUAGCAUGGCAGAAAGGGGGCAUCUUUAAGAGUGGCGUCCCCGCCUUCACUGUGCCCCAGCCUGACGGUCCCCUGGCAGUGCUGAAGGAGCGUGCGGAGCAGGUCUCGUGUCCCCUCUAUCUGUGCCCGCCGCUGGAAGCCCUGGAGGAAGGGGGGCCACCACUGACCCUGAGCCUGCAGGGAGAGCACCAGCGGUCCAAUGCCGCGUUGGCCUUGCAGCUGGCCCGCAGCUGGCUGCAGCAAAAGGACCACCAAGGCACCGGGGAGCUGAAAGCGUCCAGGCCAGGCCUGCUGUGUCAGCUGCCUCUGGCACCCACGUUCCAGCCCACGUCCCACAUGCGGCACGGGCUUCAGGACACGGAGUGGCCGGGCCGCACGCAGAUACUGCGUCGCGGGCCCCUCACCUGGUACCUGGACGGCGCGCACACCUGCGGCAGCAUGCAGGCCUGCGUGCGCUGGUUCCUGCAGGCGCUGCGCCCCCAGAGGCCCAGCAGCGGGCCUGAGGUGCGCGUCUUGCUCUUCAACUCUACCGGUAACCGGGACUCCUCGGCCCUGCUGAAGCUGUUGCAGCCCUGCCAGUUUGACUAUGCUGUUUUCUGCCCUAACCUGACAGAGGUGUCAUCCAUGGACAAUGCAGACCAGCAGAACUUCUCAGUGACACUGGACCAGGUGUUGCUCCGUUGCUUGGAACACCAGCAGCAAUGGAGCCGCCUGGAUGAGGAGCAGGCCAGCCCAGACCUUUGGAGCACCAGCCCGGAGCCUGGUGGGCCCACAUCUCUGCUGCUGGCACCCUGUCCGCCCCACACCCACAGCACCAGCUCCCUCGUCUUCAGCUGCAUCUCCCAUGCUUUGCAGUGGAUCAGCCAGGGCCUGGACCCUGUCUUUCAGACAUCCAGUUCCCCACAGAACCUUCUUGCCCACCCUGUGGCAGACAGCGGGGCCAGCAUACUCCGUGAGGCUGCUGCCAUACACGUCCUGGUCACAGGAAGCCUGCACUUGGUGGGCGGUGUCCUGAAGCUGCUAGAGCCCUCCCUGUCCCAGUAGCCGAGGUGGUAGGGUUGGAGGUGGGGCCUCCCACACCUGCCCUGCGUCUCUCCAUGAACUAUAUUAGGUGCCUUUUGUUUUCUUCUUUCCUGAUUUUGUCUAGACUGGCCCAGGGGCCUGGGCUCCGGGCAAUGAAAUAGAUGGCUGGUGGGUGGGAGGUGGAGAUCAGACAUCCCGUCUCUGAGCCUGUGGUACCCUUGGCCUCUCCUUCCUCCCUGCUGAGACAGCCAGGGAGCUUCCCAGUCCUGUUGUAACAGGCCUGACAAAUCAGCCUAUCUCCCUCCCACCCAGACUGCUUCCUGGCCAGGCCUAGGGUCCUGCCACGUGAGGUCGAUCGAUUUUUCUCCCCUCAGUGGCCUUCUGGAAAAAGAGAGGGUCCCUGCUUGGGGCCCCCUGAGGACAGAGGGUGG